AUGCAGUUCAGUCCUUUUGGCACAGACAAGAAUUGCAAAUGCCUCGAGUGUAAUGCUCACCCUGCUCACCUCACCGAUUGGCAAUCCACGUGUAUUAUCAACCAAACUUCGGGCAAAGUGGUAUUGGGAGCCAGGAGGGAUCGGCUCGGCGGGCAGUCGCUGCAAGCAAGCGGAAUAUGGGAGCGUGAAAGCUAUACCACGACUUUCACAACCAUCCUCUUGCAGAUCAACGAGCGCAUCACGCAGUAUUCUCGCGCGAGAAAAAAACCACCUGUCACCGACUCGUCAGACACGCUACUAUCCGAGACGGGUGUAGCUCUGUCGCCUUGCGGACUCUGCUGGCCAAGCACACGUGCCAAUACCAAGUUGACGAUGCGGAAAUCUGAGGACCCGAGCUGGAGCCCCAUGCACGUCUGUUCUUCUGAACCGAGGAUGACCGCUAAGAUGCCAGAAAUGGACCUUUUGUAUCAUUCGCUGGGACAAAUCUGGGCCGGAGAGCCCGUCAUGCUUGCUGUCCUUGGCUGCUACCCAAGUCAACUAUCCACGAGGUAG